AAUGAUCUGCACUCUGUAUUUCUUAGCACUACUGAGCUCCACGAUGGCCUGGGGGCGAGUAGGCCUGUGGAGCGAGGGGAGGAAUGAGACAGGAGGUGGAAGUGGGGACAGGUGCACUUGUGAUGCCUUCUUGCCAAGCUCUACCUUUCCUAUCAAAGACCUGGUGGUGGUAGAGCAGACAGUUGUGGAGAUCUCACACAAACUGGAGCUGGAGAUGGGCAAGCUGGAAGACUACGAGACCAAGCUGACAGCCUAUGCAGAAAAGAUAAUAAAGCUGACAGUAGAAAUUGAAAAAAUGGAGAAGAAUCCUGAUGCUUACAAUGAUGCCGACAAGGAUGAGGUGAAGGUGGAGAUUAAACAAGUGGAAGCUCUGAUUAAAGAGCUGCAGCUCUCCAUCAAUGGCUCCACCACUGUCUUUAAGUCUCUGCACGUACAGAUCACAGCCAUGGUGGUCACCCUGAACAGGCUGGAGAAGACCUACGACAAGAAUGUGGUUCUGGUGACGCGGCGGGAGUACAUCAAAGUGCAGCUGCAACUAGAGGAGUGCGAGAGACGCCACCAGGAGCUUUUCAACCCCAACAUUGGGUCUUGUGCACAUACAGGUAUCAUCAAGAUCAGCAAACCCAUUGUAAGCCAACUGAAUGCUCACCUUAAUGCUGGCUACAAAUAUGGAGGCUGGGGAAAAGAUUCAAAGCCUCUUCCCGACAGAGAAUCUAUGUAUUGGUACUCUGGGUACACUAGUGGCUCCAUUGUUGACAUUAGGUUCUACACUAACUACAAGAACCUCAUUUUGAGAAACCAGUUCCAGCAUUACAACUUACACAGCAGCUGGUAUGGUACAGGGAACAAUUUCAUCAUCCGUGACAACACUCUAUAUUAUCAGAUCAAAAACCCGUUUGGGUUGGCCAAACUGAAUUUCACCACCAUGAAAUAUGAGUCCAGGGUAAUUCCUAGGGCUAGCAGCAGAUUCUCCUACACUAACUCUCCCAAUCAGAAUUUUGACUUUGCUGCUGAUGAAACCGGCCUGUGGGUGACCUAUGCUACAGAGGUGUCCGGUGGCCGGAUGGUCAUUGCUAAAAUAGACGAGCCUUCUUUUGGGGUUGUGGAGGAAUGGCAGACUAGUGUCUAUAAACCAGGUGUGAGCAAUGCUUUCAUGGUGUGUGGCGUUCUGUAUGCUGUCAGAACAGUUGACAUUCAAACGGAAGAGAUAUUUUAUAAGUAUGACACCAAAACCAAGCAGGAGCGCUACAUUAGUGUUCCCUUUGAGAGGUUCCAGGAUAAGUUUUCCAACCUGGACUAUAAUCCCACUGACCAGAAGCUCUACAUGUACAAUGACGGCUACUAUGUUAACUACCAUCUGUGGUUUAACCACACAGCUAAAGCCACUGUGGAACCACCAUUUGCCCUGAUCUAAAUCAUUAUCUGUGUCUCCAGUUUUAUGAAUGAAGCAAUCAUUAUCUUUCUUUCUCUCUUUUCCUUCUCCUUGAUCACUAAUAAAUGAUCUUGAGCAUU